CGCUCCAACCCGGGCGCGUGGCUCAUCCUCCGGCCCGCCGGCGACGGCGCGUGGGAGCCGUGGGGCCGCCUCGAGUGCUGGCGCGAGCGCGGCGGGGCGGGGUCGUCCGACAGCCUCGGCUACCGCUUCGACCUCCUCGUCCCCGGCGUGGACCACGCCGUCCCCAUCGCGGACUCCACCACCGCCGCGUCCAAGGGCGGCAAGUUCGCGCUCGACUUGACAGCCGCGCAGCCCCUGAGCCGGGGGAGCACCCCGGGGUGCAGCCCGCGUGGCAGCGGCGACUUCAGCCAGUGGCCUCUGGGGAACUACCGGGGCUUCGUCAUGUCAGCCUCGGUCGAAGGCGAGGGCCGGUGCAGCAAGCCCACGGUGGAGGUCGGGGUGGCGCACGUCGAGUGUGCGGAGGACGCGGCGGCCUUCGUGGCCCUCGCGGCGGCCGUGGACCUGAGCAUGGACGCGUGCAGGCUCUUCUCGCACAAGCUCAGGAAGGAGCUCUCUCACCUGCGGUCGGACGUCCUCCGGUGAGCGCCAGCGGCCGGCCGGCAAACAU